UUAUCUGAUCUGUCUCAGAGCAGAGCUCUCAGUUGAAACUCGAAGGCUCUGGGAAAGAAAUCACUCUUGUGAGUGUGCCACACACUCUCUCCAGUUUCCACAUGCUGGUAUUGUACUUCUUCGUCAGUUUGUUGUGCCUGGCGAGAUCAGGUACAGAUGAAACAUGUCCUUCAUUCACCAAAUUGAGCUUCCACAGCGCAGUGGUUGGUACGGGAUUAAAUGUGAAGUUGAUGCUCUACACAAGGAGAAACUUGACCUGCGCACAAAUUGUCAACUCCACAUUUUUGGGGAACUUGAACGUAACCAGGAAAACCACCUUCAUUGUCCAUGGAUUCAGGCCAACGGGCUCCCCUCCAGUUUGGAUAGGGGACUUAGUAGAGGGUUUGCUCUUUGUAGAAGACAUGAACGUGGUUGUUGUCGAUUGGAAUCGAGGAGCUACAACUAUAAUAUACAACCAUGCUUCUAGUAAGACCAAAAAAGUAGCAGCAGUCUUGAAGGAAUUUAUCGACCAAAUGUUGGCAGAAGGAGCUUCUCUUGAUGACAUUUACAUGAUUGGAGUAAGUCUAGGAGCCCAUAUAUCCGGGUUUGUUGGAAAGGAGUACAGUGGGCAGCUGGGGAGAAUUACAGGUCUCGACCCUGCUGGCCCUUUAUUCAACGGGAGGCCGCCUGAGGACAGAUUAGAUCCCAGUGAUGCACAGUUCGUUGACGUCAUCCAUUCUGACAUCGAUGCACUGGGCUACAGGGAACCAUUAGGAAACAUAGACUUCUACCCAAAUGGAGGAGUGGAUCAACCUGGUUGUCCCAAAACCAUCCUUGGAGGAAUUCAAUACUUCAAGUGUGACCACCAGAGGUCCGUGUACCUGUACCUCUCCUCCCUGAGAGAGGACUGUGCCGUCACUGCGUAUCCCUGCGCCUCCUACCGGGACUAUAGGAACGGCAGGUGUGUCAGCUGUGGCGCCCCGCAGCAGGAGCCCUGUCCAGUUCCCGGGUAUUAUGCUGAUUCUUGGAAAGACUAUCUAAGGGAGAAGGAUCCUCCUAUGACUAAAGCGUUCUUUGACACAGCCGAGGAGAAACCGUUCUGCAUAUAUCAUUACUUUGUGGAUAUUAUAACUUGGAACAAGAACAUAAGAAGAGGCUCCAUUACAAUCAAAUUGAGAGACAAAGCUGGAAACACCACAGAAUCCAAAAUCAACCAUGAACCAGCAACAUUUCAGAAAUACCACCAAGUAAGUUUGCUUGCAAGAUUUAAUCAAGAUCUGGAGAAAGUGGCAGCCAUUUCCUUGGUCUUCUCUACAGGAUCUAUAAUAGGCCCGACGUACAAGCUCAGGAUUCUCCGAAUGAAGUUAAGGUCACUUGCCCAUCCAGACAGGCCCCAGCUGUGUCGAUACGAUCUUGUCCUGACGGAAAACACCGAAACAGUGUUCCGGCCGAUUCUUUGCCCAAAGUUGCAGAUGUAAAUGUUGUCAGGACCCGUGAGCGCCAGUAACAUCAAGAAAGCUAUGGCAGGCUUUUUAAAAGCUUCAGUGCAUCUUUUCCUCAAGGCACAAAAAGUAUGAAGAAACUAGGGAUUUUUCCAGUAGUGUCCUAUGGAUGUCACAUUGCAAAAUGUCACACAGCUUUGGAUUACAGAGCGGUCCUGGGAAGGGAUCCCUCACGUAAGUAGGGCAAGUUAGAAAUAGCCAGGCUCCAGGCAGCCCAGCGCCUUGUCUGGCUGCAUCCUGGGGCCUCGUUUGUUCCGCCUUGUGAUUCUGCUGCCUCUCACUUGGGCAGUUCAGCCCGACAAGCAUCUCAAAGGGAAGGACUGGCUGGAGACCUCACUUCGGACUCGACUCCACUUUCCCUAUGCCAAUUCCUCUGGGACUCCACACGUGGAAGGAAAUGGAGACUGACCUACCUCACAGGGCUGUGCGUGGGUCUGGGCGGCAAGUGUGUGAAGGGUUCUUUGAAACCCCAUGGGUGCCACAUCCAUGAGUGGUUUAAUAAAUGUGAAUGUGCUUUUAUUUAUUUUGAUAUGGCAUAUCUAAUAUGCAAUAAGAGAACUACUCUUUAUCAACACCAGCUUCUUUCUUGGGCUGUGUGCUCUGGGAAGGCAAGAAAGCCACACCCCUGGCUUCUGACCUUCUCUAAAUUGGGAAAAAUGUUUAUUUUUCCUUAUUACUAAUGUGACCUAUAAUCAUUAAAGGAAAUUUAGAAAAUGCAAAAUAAAUGUAUGCUGCACACAAUCGCACCUGUUAGGAGUAAUUAAUAUUAACCUUUUGGAAUAACGCUAAACAACUUGUGUUGCUAACAUGUGAAUUCAAAGCAUAAACCGGUUUUUUCCUGGGGCACUGGAAGCCUCCAGUCUGAGGAAUUCUUAGGCUUCCCUGAACUGUGUGUGAUCCAUGGAUCUGGAAUGACUACAGCAGCCAAGCCAAGAGGCCCACAUGGCUGAGAACGGAGAGGCCAGAACCAGGGAAGGGCCAUCCGUGGGGCCAGAUGCCCAGCACGGGGACAGAGACAAAGGGGUGAGCCUCCCGUGUUCCACAGCCAUGGCCACUGCAGGGAGUUCUGGGAUUCCUGAGUGUCACAGUCCUGGUGACUUCCUCAUCCAAGUGAUUGUCCUACUGCUUUCUGUAAGAACAGCCCUUGUUUUAAAGAAAUGGACUCUAUUCCAUAAAUUAUAGAAUCUUGUGGAUAUAUUUCUGUGUAGAACAUUUUUAUAUAUGUAAUACAGAAUCUUUCACUUAAGUGAGGGAUGCCUGCGGUGAAUGACUGAACUCUGAAAGAAAUGUCUCAGCGAUGGUCCUGCCCACCUGGACAUUUUGUCACCCCUCCUCCUCCUUCCCACUUUUCCUCAACCAUUGUGGAUGGAGCAAUAAAUAUGCUA